AUGUCGACUGUUACGCUCUCCAAAAUACUUCCUGCUACUAAUGGUAGCCAGGAACAUGUACUCACGGAGCUCCCGUCGCAUAUACCAACAAAGGCGAAGGAGGCGAAUGGCUUCACCAAGUCUAACGGCCAUGCAACCGCUGUUCAUUCCACGCCCAAUGUCGUUGAUCACAAAAGUGACGCCGCUGGUGACUUCGGCUGGGGCCAUUGGACAGUUCAGGACGUUCUCAUCCCCGCAAAUGCCGGUCGAGGUCUGGUCAAGAAAUACCACCAGCGAAGGACUCUCUACCAGUACUUUGCUCUAUCUCUCUCGGGCCUCUGGGCCUUUUACAAUCUUGAGAGUACGUCUUACCGCGCAGCUGCACUGAGCUUCCUAUUCCCCGGUGCAGGUUUCACUGCAGUCGCCACUCUUGCGUCGACAGCUGCGUUCCUGGCUACACUGGUCUUAAUUCCCGUCACCAUCUUCGUCUGGUUCGCCAUGGGCGGCAUCGCGUUCCCCAUCGGUUUAUGGGUAGGCUCCAGCAUUGGAGCUGGGUACCUUGCCACAGACUCUCUGUUCGAGCCCUCUGCCAUCCUAUGGGCUAUCUUCUGCUACACUGGAAUCUUCUGGCUCAUGAGUAACGCUCGCUCUCUCAAUGCUGCUGGAUACUCUAAAGCGCAGGAGCGCAAUAAGUACCUUGUCCAAGCUGUCGAGGAGCAACUUGCCAACGCUACACCUGCACCUGCACCAGGUUCCCGUGAGCUCUCCCUCGACACACUCCGUCAUGUUCAGCACAUGCUCGAGCGAGGACUUAGUCCUCAUGAUGACUUUAGCUUCCACGAUGUCAUUGAUCAGUUUCAGACCGGCGCUGUUAGAUACCAGCUCUACGGUGUUGUCGAUGUUCUCAGCUUGUACCAGUGCCAUUAUGCUCCUGGCUUCCAUGGCUACCUCUCCAAGGCUUCUCAGAACUGCAUCGAGAAGAGUCUCCAGAAACGAAUCAUGAGCUACUGGAAGUGGGAGUCAAUCUUUGGCAGGUUUACCCUCAGCGAUUGGGACCCCAUCAAGAAGGACAAUAUUAUGGUCACUGGAUACCUCAGCUCCGCUAUCGGUCUAUAUGAGCAAGCCUCUGGCGAUCGCCGUUACCAUCAGAAGAAUGCCCUUGAGUUUGUUAUCGACGAUUGCAAACACUACAAGACCAACUUCGAGGGACUCGCUGAUGCUCUACACGAGAACAUGACCGAUAACCCCUACUGCCUUUAUCCCUGUGAGCCGAACUGGACUUACUCUCUUUGCAAUCUCACUGGUAUGGCUGGCCUAGUCAUCUCUGAUCGCAUCCUGGGUCGCGAUUGCGGAGAGAAACUUAGGAACCGCUUUGAACGUUCUCUCGAGGAGGAGUUCACCGAAUGUGAUGGUCGUAUCCUCCCCAUUCGCAGUGAAUUUACAGGUCUCACACUUCCCGGUCUCUGCGGAACUCUCACCGACUGCAUCAACGCCAUGCUCCUCACCGCAUACCUCCCCCACCUCGCCCAUCGCAACUGGGCCAUGAUCCGAAAGGAAUUCAUCAAGUACGACAGCAAGGGCGAACUGGUAGUCAGAGACCUCAAGGGUGCCGACAAGAUGGAUCCCGGUAAUUACCGCGCCGGCGAGGGUCCCCUCCGCGCAUUCAUCGCCGCAACAGCCGCCGAGUUUGGCGACGAGAAAGUCCGCAAGGAGGCCCUCGAACAGCUCGACAACGUCUACUUUCCCGUCGAAGCCACCAAGACAGGAUCUCUUCGGAACAAGGGCCUUUCAGCCACUACUCAGGUGAUUGCCCUCAUGGCGCGUCUCGUUAAGCAACGUGACUUGGCCAAUGCUACGCUUCAUGGUCCUUCCAAAGAGGCUUUGAGUGGACCUGUCCUUGAGGAAGCGCCUUUCCCAGAGGUCCUAGUUGCCAAGGCAUAUAGCGAGGAUGGAAAGAAGCUUGAUUUGGUUGUGUAUAACGGAAAGGAAGCAGGAGUCUUCAAGCUUGGGUUUGAGCGGUUGAUUCCUGGUCAGCAGUACUCUGUCAGCACUGGAGGAUCUGUCACUGCGAAUGGAGCUGGCAAGGCGUUCAUUGACGCCAAGAUCAAUGGAAGGACCCAGAUCAUUCUUCAACCAAUCUAA